AUGGCUGUCUCCGCGGACCAGACGCUCAUGGGCGACGCGGCGCCGAGCUCGAAGCUCUCCAUGCUCAAGCUCGACGAGGCGAGCGGCGGCGCCGCCGCCAAGCCGAAGAUCGUCGAGGUCGGCGAGGACGGCGCCUUCGACAUGGAGGCCGCCGCCGCGGCGGCGGAGCCCGAGGCCGAGGCCGAGGAGGAGGAGGCGUCGCUCAUGGACCUCAUGAUGGCGGACGCGUCGACGGAUCGGACCGCGCGCGCGGCGAAGCGGAAAGAGGAGGACAAGCGGAUGAAGAAGUCCUUCGGCGACGGCAUGAAGAAGGGCCUGAAGAAGGGCUUCUUCGACGCCAAGCCCAAGGCCAAGAAGCGGGCGCCGGCGGAGCCCCGGGCGCCGGCGGAGCCCGCGGACCCCGUGACGAUCACCGCGCGGCCGCCCGCGGACGACGGCGCGUCGGUCCGCUCCGCGAUCCGAUCCGAGGUCGCGGCGAACAUGGAGGGCUCGUCGCACCCCAUGGCCCAGGCGCUCAAGGGCGGCGACUGGGUCACGCCGGAGCUCGUCAAGGCCAUGGCCGAGCGGCCCGCGCUCGCGCGCGGCAUGGGCGAUCCCAGAUGCCAGGCGGCGCUCGAGGCGCUCCGCAAGGACCCCAAGGCCGGCGCGAAGCAGUUCGACGACGACCCGGAGCUCAAGCAGUUCCUGACCGACUUCUGCGAGGUCAUGGGCGGCCACUUCGAGAAGCUCGGCGCGGCCGCGCCGCCGCCGCCGCCCACGGCCGACGAGAAGGAGCAGCUCGGGCCCCUCGCCGCCAAGGUCGUCGAGGACGCCGCCAAGGGCCAGGGGCCCGCGCCGGCGAAGACGCCCGAGGAGAUCAAGCAGGUCGACGACGUCCUCAACAACGCCGCGCUCCGCGACCUCCUCAUGGACCCGAAGACGCAGCUCCUCAUGCAGCGCUGCGCCGACCCCCGCGAGUUCCAGCGCGCCAUGAUGAACCCGGACGAGCGCGCCAUCAUCCGCAAGCUCGCCGACGCGGGCCUCGUCAAGCUCGAGUGUGGAGCGGAGCAGGAGGCCCUGAGCGCGCGCGAGCGGCUUACGACCAUGCCGGGCCCCGGGGGCGGCUUCCACGUCGACGUGCGGUGGCUCGGGUCCAUGGACCAACCAUCGGACGGGGGCAAGCCGCUGCCGUUCAAAAAUCAAAAGGCGGACCAGGCCGUGAAGUACUACGCCAAGCGGCUCUUCGACAUUCACGGCGAUAAACUUCCUGGCAGCGACGCGGGCAAAUUCAUCAAGGAGGCCGUGGCGUACCGACGACCGCUCGACGGUGACGACGCCGAGGAGGGCGCGGCGGUCGCGCUCGACGACGUCGUCUCGGAGCCGUCGAGUCUGACCUUGCGACCGCGGAUCCCCGAGAAGGACGCGGUGCUCAUGGUCGCGUACGCGCGCGUGGACGAGGGCGAGGUGUCGCUCCAAGUCCUGCACGAGAUGCCCGUGACCGCGUGCGACGCUCUGAGCUGCCUCGAUAUCGCGAAGCAAUUCGCGCCGGACGAUACGCCGCGUGAGGACCUGGAUUUUUUCGUCGCGGCGGGAUACAGCGACCAGGACGUCAAGCUUGUUAAGACGACGCUCGCAGAUGACUACCUGGCCGAUCGCUUCGUCCGCGUGGAGGCAUCCGCGAGCGUCUCCGAGGUCGUCGAGCCGCGGCGCGGCCGGCGCCACGCGCACGUGCUCCUCUUCGAGCAGCCCUGUGUGCAUACUUAUAUUUACGCGCCGGAAGAGCUCGUCGGCGCCGAGUGCGCCACGUACUUUGCCGUGCUCAAACAAAAGACGAACCAGUCCGUCAAGCUAUCGGGACCCGCGCGACUCUGGACCGCGCCGAAUGAAGCCGCGAUGCAUCAUUUUGUGCGCAUCGGCGAUUUCCAGACGCUGGACGACGACGACCCUUCUCUCACGACCGUGCAGCUGUCCGAUCGCGUGCGAGACGCCGUGCCGACGUCCGGGCCCGCGGGCCAUCAUUGCCUCGAGGUGAAACUGCCCGGCCGCAUGCUCCCGCACACGCUCAUCGAAGUCACUGUGCGGGACCUGAGCGGCACCUCGGUCGUCGAUGCCAAUCCUACGAUGGCCACGCGGACGGCGGACGCGCUCGACAAAUCGGCCCUCGAGCUCCUGGAGAUCUGGCUGAACUUGAGCGAAGAAUCCGAGCGGAACGGGCCCGCCGAGCCGAGCCUGGCCGUCGAGCUCCUGCGCCGCCUCAUGAAUCCCGGCCUCAGCGGCGCGCUGCUCCCGCAGCUCGCGAUCACGGUCGCGACCGACGGCGGCGCGCCCGCCGUCGUCGGCGACGCCGCGGCUCCGAUCAAGGUCGCGGACGACUCCCAAGUCUCCCGUCGAUUCCACUUCGUGCUCACGUGCGACGUCAACGCCGUGCGGCACGACGGCGCGGGCGCGCGGCGAUGCCUGCUCAUGGUGUGCGUCGGCCCGCGGGGGUCGGUCGCGACCAAGUUCUUCGACGUCGACGACGCGCUCCUGGCGACGUCGCAGGUCGACCUCGCGCUGCGAACCUUGGAAGAGGCCGCGGGAGGCGCGACGACCCUCCGACCCGAGGAUGUCCUGAAGAACUCCGUGUUUCGCGUGUCCGACAAGUUCGCGGACGAGCGCGACGCGGCCGCCCGCCGGACGCUCGCGACCCAGUUGACCGAGCUCAAGGGGCCGUGCAUCGCGGGGUCGAAGCUGACGUUCUCGAGCGGCUCCCUGCGCGACGCGAUGCGAGGGUUCCCCGAGCGCUCGAGCUUCCUCAUCUGCAACGCGGCGUGUUUCGCGCACGCGCGACCCGGGAGCACGUGCGUGACCGUGUCGGUCGUCAACGGCGACGACGAGCCCGCGCUGCGGCGAACCGAAUGCAUCACGAUCGCGAGCUCCCCGAAGCUCCCCUUCCCCGCGCUUUUGGCCAAAGCUGCGACGAAAGCGCUCGCCGAGGGCACGUACGCGAACACGAAGAACCCGCGCGACGGCGGCAACGCUCGAUACAAAGAGCUGAUGAGCUGGAGCUUGUUGCACACGACGGAGAUCUAUGCAUCGUGUAAUGGCGAGCCCGCGCGUCUUGUCAAGUAUUCGGACACCGUCCAGGAAGCCGCGUGGCGUCUCGGCGCUCCGGUCUGCGACGUCCGCCUCACGGUCGUCAUGCGGAGCCUCGGGCGCCGCGACGCGCCCGCGUCCGAGGCCGAGGCGUAUUGGCUGCGCCCGGAGCUGCCCCCGCUCGUGGACGCGUGCUGGGCGGCCGUGGCCACCGGCACUGUGACGGCCGAGUCGGAGCGGGCGCUCAAGCGGCUGCAGGUCGUCGCGAGGAGCUUCGGCAACGACUACCUCAAGAAGCAGCUCGCGUGGCUCGACAUGUCCAAGGCGCUCGGCACCUUCCCCCAGCCCGCGUCGGUGACCGCGCUGGAGUACUUUGGCACGAGCAUCGAGGCGCUCACCCUGACGGACGCGUCGUCCCUCGAAUCGUCGCGCUUCCGCGACACUCUGGCGGAGAGCUACCCGCGCGCGCGCGACGAGCUCGCGGCCUUCGACGCGCUGAAGAUCCUGCAGCUGAAGCGCAUCUGUCAGUGGGUGCGGUCCUACGCCGACCACGCGAACGCGGUCGGCGCGAAGCCACUCCAGCAAGAGAGCGCUGACUUCAUCAAUCGGCUCAUGCGGGCCGCGCGCGAGCGGCGGAGCCCGCAGAUGGGCUCGCACGCGCACCUCGCCGUCGCGUACCUGCUCUUCACGUACUGGCUGCUCGAGGGCGGCGGGAAGUUGAUUCAGAUGUUCGGCCUCACCAUGAAGCUCCAGGAGAGCGUGGUCCAGGACGACGAGGAGCUCGCGAAUUGCCUGUCGCACACGAUCCUGUGCGAGCACGACUUUCGCGAUUACGACGAGGGCUCCGGCGCCGACGCGCGACGCGCGCUCGAGGAUCUCGCGUUCCUCUGGGUGGCCAAGGCCCCGAAAGCCGUGCCGCACCUCGACGCGGCGGCGGCGGCCGGCAACGCGUUCGCAGCCGCGGUCCUCGCGCGGCUGCGCGCGGGCCACCCUUCAAAAAAGCUCGCGCGCAAGUACGACCUCACGACGUUCGGCGUCAAGUUCCUCGAGCUCUUGCCGCCGGGUCUCCAGGGCCUCGAGCAGGCCAUCUCGAAGUACCCGGUGCCGGAGCUCCGCGAGUCGGGCCGGUCGCGCGCGCCGGGCCGCGCGGAGGCGUCGGCGUCGCGAUCCCAGAAGGACAUCGACGCGGAGCGCGCGGAGGCGUCCGCGAGCUUCGACGUGCCGGCCCAGGGCGCGGGCGGCGGUCACGCGGCGAAGAAGAAGAAGCCGAAGAAGACGAAGAAGAAGAAGGCGAAGGCGAAGGAGGCCAUGAGCUCCGCGCGCGAGGACAUCGAGGAGACGUCCCGGCGCGAUGCGGCGCCCGUCGCCGCGCGCGGCGCCGACGGGGUCGCGUCGAGCGAUUCGGAUUCGGAUUCCGACGCGAGUCUUACGACGUCGCCGGCGCUGGAGUCGCCCGUGGCCCCCUCGGAGCCCUUCGGGGCCGCCGCGGACGGCGACGACUUCGACGACUGGGUCGACGUGGCCGCGCCGCGCCGCGGCAAGGGCGGCGCCAAGCGCAUCGAGGCCACGCCGCCGGCCGCGCCGCCGCCGGGCGCGCCGUCGCCGCCGCCGUCGCCGUCCGCCGCCGAGGCGGACGAAGCGGCCGAGCGCGCCGUCGCGGAGGCGUCGCGGCGCGCCGCCGAGGCGGAAAUAUCGCGCCGCGCCGCCGAGGCGGAGGAAGCGCGCCGCGCCGCCGACGCCGACGAGGCGGCCGAGCGCGCGUACGCGGAGGAGUCGCGGCGCGCCGCCGCGGCCGCGGAGUCGCGGCGCGCCGCCGAGGCGGCGGCGAGGAGCCUCGAGCGCGCGGAGGCCGAGGAGGCCGCGCGGAAGGAGGCGGAGCGGCGGCGGCUCGAGGGCGAGUCCGAGGCGCUCGCGCGACGCCUCGCGGCCGAGGAGCAGCGCGCGUCGCGGCCGUCGGCGCCGCCGGGCCGCGGCCCGGCGCCCCGGGUCGCGGCGGCGCCGGCGGCCCCGGCGCCGCGGCCCCGCGCCGCUCCGCGCCGGACGACGUCCGCCUUCGACGCGCCCGUGUCCAAGGCCGAGCUCCAGCGGCGUCUCGAGGCCUUCGCCGACGCCGAGGGCCUCGACGACGGCUGCCGCGCGGCGCUCGAGCGCUACGCGGCGCGGGACGCCGACGGCUGCGUGCGCUUCCUGCGUGCGGCGCCCGGCGACGUCGGCAGGGUUCCGGUCGACGAACGGAGCGCCUUCGUCAUGAGCGCCAUCAAGGCCGAGUACCUGCUCGCGGCGUCCGCGAGCGAGCUCGGGGCCCUCGCGCCCGAGCUCCGGCGCGUCGCCGACGCGCUCGCGCUCACGUCCAACGUCGCCAGGGCGCUCAAGCCUCUCAGCCGCGUCGACCAGCGCCGCGUCGCGGAGCGCCUCGCAGACCCGGGGGGGCUGCUGUUCGGCACGCUCUCCCGCAACGGCUGGAUCCUCGCCGAUCUCAAGAACGGGAAGACGGGCAAUCUCCUGCAGGAGAAGCUCUGGCGUCCGUCGGUCGACGCGGCGCUCGUCGCCGCCCUCGACGGCCGCCGCUUAUCGAACCACUGCUACCGGGCGCUCCGAGAUCUCGACCCCGAGCGCCAGGCCCUCUGCGCGCUGGCCCUCGAGUCCGCGGACUUGUCCACAAUCAAGGACGUGAGCGGCUACAUCGAGAAGGGCCUCGAGAAGGGCACGCUCCUGCGCAAGGGCCACGAGCUCGUGGCCGCGCGACCGCGCGAGGCGCCGCCGUCGCCGCCGCGUCGCGCCGCGCCGCCGCCGCCGCCGCCCGCCGCCUCGGCGCCGCCGGCCUCGGCCCGGGCCGCGCCGCGCCGCGAGCCGGCGCCGGCCGCGCCGCCGCCGGUCGAGGCCCGGCUCGAGCCCGCCGUCGUGCCGCCGCGCGAGCCCGCGCCGGCGUCGCCCUGGCCGCACAUCGCCCGGCCCGAGCCCGCCGCCGCGCCGCCGCCCCGCGCCGCUCCGCGCCGGACGACGUCCGCCUUCGACGCGCCCGUGUCCAAGGCCGAGGUCCAGCGGCGCGCCAAGGCCUUCGCCGACGCUGAGGGCCUCGAUGACGGCUGCCGCGCGGCGCUCGAGCGCUACGCGGCGCGGCACGCCGACGGCUGCGUGCGCUUUUUGCGGGCCGCGCCCGGCGAGAUCGGCAACGUUCCGGUCGACGAACGGAGCUCCUGGGUGUCACAGCACGCCGCCAAGAGCACAUUUCUGCUCGCGGCGUCCGCGAGCCAGCUCGAGGCCCUCGCGCCCGAGCUCCGGCGCGUCGCCGACGCGCUCGCGCUCACGUCCGACGUCGCCAAGGCGCUGAAAAAGCUCAGCCUCGAUCAGCAGCGCCGCGCCGCGGAGCGCCUCGCGGACCCGGGGGGCGUUCUGUUCGGCGUGCUCAACCGCAACGGCCGCAUACUCAUCGAUCUCAAGAAACGGGAGAUGGCCGAUCUCCUGCGGGACAAUCUCGGGCGGCCGUCCGUCGACGCGGCGCUCGUCGCGGCCCUCGACGGCCGCCGCUUAUCGAAGGACUGCUACCGGGCGCUCCGAGAUCUCGACCCCGAGCGCCAGGCCCUCUGCGCGGCGGCGCUCGAGUCCGCGGACUUGUCCACAAUCAAGGACGUGAGCGGCUACAUCGAGACGGGCCUCGAGAAGGGCACGCUCCUUCGCGAGGGCCACGAGCUCGUGGCCGCGCGACCGCGCGAGGCGCCGCCGUCGCCGCCGCGCGUCGCCGCCGCGCCGCCGCCCGCCGCCUGGGCGCCGUCGGCCUCGGCCCGGGCCGCUUCGCGCCGCGAGCCGGCGCCGUCGUCCUCUGCGGCGCGGCCCGAGCCCGCCGCCGCGCCGCCGCCGCUCGCCGCGCCGCGCGAGCCCGCGCCGGCGUCGCCCUGGCCGCGCAUCGCCCGGCCGUCGCCGCCGCGGUCGCCGCGGUCGCCGCCGCCGUCGCCGCCGCGCGGAGGCGGCGACGUCGAAUCGCUCCUCGAUGCGAUCGUGCGGCCUCUUCUCUCCCCGGCGCCGCCGCCGGCCUCGGCCUGGCUUGAGCCCGCGGCGGCCGCACCCUCGACGCGCGAGGAGCCGCCGCGGUCGCCUUCGCCGACGCCGCCCGACGACGUGCCGCCGCUUCUCGACCAGCCCGCGUCCGCGUGGGGCCCGCCGCCGAGCGUCGCGGCCUCCGGCGUCGCGGCCUCGCCCUGGGACUGGCCCGCGGCGGGAGCGGCGGCGCCGCCGCCGCCGGCCUUCGACGGCGCCUACGACGACGACGACGACUUUGUGGUGCCCGAGGGCCUCGUCGACGUCGAGCGGCGGAGCAACUGCUCCCUCGACGCCAUCGUCGCCGUGCUCCACCGCUGCGCGACCUUCCGGCGCGAAUUUAGCAGCCCGCGGUCCCCGAGCGGCGUCAUCGGCGUCACGCCCGGGGCCGCCCGCGACGACCACGUGCGUGUGCUCGACGCGCUCGAGGUGGCGCUGACCACCGUCGACGACCACCACGACGAGGCCCUGGACGCGGCCAUCGACGGCCUGCGCGUCGCGCUCGGCGCCGUCGAGGGCGGCCGCGGCGACCUCUCGACGAGCGGCGCGCACCUCGACGUCGCCGAGGUCUUCGAGGCGCUGCUCGAGUCGCUCCUCGCGUGCCAGGGCACGCGCGCCGCGGACGCGGCCUACGCGUUCCGCGCGUUGGGCGUGCUCAGCGACGCGCCCUGCGCGGCCUGCGGGGCCAAGGCGACGACGACGCCCCGCGACUUCGAGGACCUCGCGCGCGCGGCGACGGCGUUCACGAUCGCCGACGCCGCGCGGCGCGGCGCGAGCCUGGAAUCCGCCUUCCGCGACGCGCACGCGGCCUGCUCCAAGUCCUGCGACCACUGCAAGGCGCCGGGCUCCGUCGACGUCGUCAUCGACAUCGGCCAGGUCCCGCGCGCGCUCGCGCUGUCCGUCGCGUGGUUCACGUCGACGCCCGAGCCCGCCGACGUCGAGGGCGUGCUCCGCCUCGCGCACGCGCCGCUCGACGGCGCCGGCAUCUUCCGCGAGCCCAAACCCGGCGCGAAGCCGGCGCGCCGCCUCGGCCUCUUCGCCGUCGUCGUCUUCCAGGACGCGCACUACACGGCCCUCGUCCGCGACAAGCGCGCGGACGCGUGGACGUGGUACGACCGCCGCGACGUCACGCUCGUCGGCUCCUUCGAGAGCGUCGUGGCCAAGUGCCGCAACGACGGCGGCGCGCCGCUCUGCCCCUACCUCCUCUUCUACGACGCGCCCGCCCUGAGCGACACGAUCGUCGCGUACCGCGAGUCGUUGGACAUCGACGACGACGAGGAGGCCGCGCCCGUCGAGCUCGACGACGUCGUCGCGGAGUCGUCGCUCCUGACUUUCCGACCGCGCGUCCCGGACGCUGACGCGGUCCUUUUCGUCGCGUACGCGCUCGCGGAGAAGGGCGCCGUGAAGGCUCUUGAAGAUCUGUCGGUGCUCUGGAUGGGAAAGAAUCCGUCGUCUGAGAAGCACCUCGAAGCCGCGGCGGCGGCCGGCAACGCGUUCGCGGCGGCGGUCGUCGAGCGGCUGCGCGCGGGUCCCCCGUCGCGAAAGCUGGCGCGCAAGUACGACCUCACCGCGUUCGGCGCGCCGUUCCUCGAGCUGUUGCCCCGGGGCCUCCGGGACCUCGAGCAGGUCAUCUCGAAGUAUCCGGUGGCGCAGCGGAAAAUUCGGGGCCCGGAUCGCGCGCUGGAGGCGUCGCGCAACGAGGACGCGCCGCGCGAGGAGGAGGCGCCGCGGUCCAAGGCGGAGGUCGACAAGGAGAUUGAGGAGGCCAUGGACAAGCUCGAGGACGUCUUCGUGGACGCCGUCGCCCCCGCUCCCGCGAGCAAGAAGAACGCGAAGAAGAAGGCGAAGAAGAAGGCCAAGGCCAAGGAGGCGAAGGCCGAGGAGACGAGCGUGGCCGCGCGCGACGCCCACGGCAGCGCGUCGAUCGCGCACUCGGACUCGGACGAAUCGUUCAAGUCGGCGCUGUGUGAGACGCCCAAGGCGCGAUCGCCCGCGGCGCCUCCUUCGGAGCCGCUAGUGGCGCCCGCGGACGGCGCCGAUUCCGACGACUGGGUCGACGUGUCUGCGGCGCGGCGCGGCAAGGGCGCCGCCAAGCGCGUCGAGUCCUCGCCGCCGCCGCCUACGCCGCCGCCGCCGCCGCGAGUGCCGUCGCCGCCGCCGCCGCCGUCGCCGUCGUCGCCCGGCGCCGAUGGGCUCCUGCCGGCCCUGAAGCGCUUUGUCGAGACGCACAGUGUCGACGACACCGCGUGCAUCCUCGACGAGACGGACGCCAUCCAGCGCGCGCUUCUCGAGCGGCUAGAGAAGCUCGAGGCGACGGCCGGCGACGUCGGCGACUGGUCGGCGGUUGUUGCCGACUUCCUCGAGGAGACGCGCGAGAACGAGGCGAACGAGCGCGCCUUCGCGGAGGAGGCGCAGGGCGUCGUCGACCCCGAGGAGGAGUGGCGCGCGAGCUUCGAGCGCGAGGAGAGCGAGCGGCGCCUCGCGCGCGCGGAGGCGGAGGCCGCCGAUCGCCUGCGGGCGGAGGAGCGGCGGCUCGAGGGCGAGUCCGAGGCGCUCGCGCGGCAACUAGACGCCGAGGACCGCCGCGAGGCGGCGGCGCGGCAGGCGGCGGCGGCGGGCCGCGGGCCCAGGUCCUGGGGCGCGGCGCCCGCGCCGGCGCCGCGGCCCCGCGCCGCUCCGCGCCAGGCGACGUCCGCCUUCGACCGCGUGCCCAAGGCCGAGCUCCAGCGCCGCGUCAAGGCCUUCGUCGACGCCCAGGGCGUCGACGGCAAGUGCCGUAGGGCGCUCGAGGCCUACGCGGUCCGGGACGCCGACGCCUGCGUGCGCUUCCUGCGGGCCGCGCCCGGCGACCUCGGCAGCGUCGACGACCAGAACGCCUACGUGCUGAGCGCCAUCCACGGCAAGUUCUUACUCGCGGCGUCCGCGAGCGAGCUCAAGGCCCUCGCGCCCGAGCUGCGGGACAUCGUCGACGCGCUCGCGCUCACGUCCGACGUCGCCAAGGCGCUCAGACAGCUCAGCCUCGCUCAGCAGCGCCGCGCCGCGGAGCGCCUCGCGGAUCCGGGCGUCAUGUUCGGCGUCCUCGCGCGCAACGCCUUCAUACUCGCCGAGCUGAAGAAGCAGAAGCAGGGCUGCCUCCUGCGGGACGGCCACGGGGCCUCCGUCGACGCGGACCUCGUCGCGGCCCUCGACGGGCUCCGCCUCUCCAAGCGCUGCUACCGAAAGCUCCGAGACCUCAAUCCGAAAGGCCAAGGUUUUUGCGCGCUGGCCCUCGAAUCCGCGGACUUGUCCACAAUCACGGACGUGAGCGGCUACGUCGAGAAGGGCCUCGAGAAGGGCACGCUCCUGCGCAGGGGCCGAGAGCUCAUGGACGCGCGGCCGCGCGAGGCGCCGCGGUCGCCGCCGCGGCGCGGCGCGCCGGCGCCGGCGCCCGUCGCCGCGCCGCCAGUCUCGGCCUGGGGUGCGCCGCGCAGCGAGCCGGCGCCGGCUUCGCCGUGGUCGUCGCUCCCUCCGCCGUCCCCGCAGCGCGGCGACGGCCUCGAUCCGAUUCCGCCGCCGUCGCCCGCAGCGGCGCCGGCGCCGGUCCCGGCCUGGACCGCGGCGUCGCACGAGCCCGCGCCGGCGCCGCUCUGGUCACGCGAGGACCCGCCCGGGUCGCCGCCGCCGCCGCACGCCGACGUGCCGCCGCUCUUCGCAGCGGCGGGUGCGUGGAGCCCGGAGCCCGAAGCCCCGCGCCCCGGCGACUCGGCUUGGGACUGGCGCGCCGCGGCGCCCGCGCCGGCGCCGGCGCCGGCCUUCGACGGCGCCUACGACGACGACGACGACUUUGUGGUGCCCGAGGGCCUCGUCGACGUCGAGCGGCGGAGCAACUGCUCCCUCGACGCCAUCGUCGCCGUGCUCCACCGCUGCGCGACCUUCCGCGGCGCCUUCCGCGAUCCACGGACCGUGGUCGGCGUCGCGGGUGACCAGCGCCGGGACCACGCGCGUGUGAUCGACGCGCUCGAGGUGGCGCUGUUCGCCGUCGACGAUUGCGACGCCGGCGGCGUCGACGCGGCCAUCGACGGCCUGCGCGUCGCGCUUGGCGCCGUCGAGGGCGGCCGCGGCGACCUCUCGACGAGCGGCGCGCACCUCGACGUCGCCGAGGUCUUCGAGGCGCUGCUCGAGUCGCUCCUCGCCUGCAAGGGCACGCGCGCGGCCAAGGCCGCGCGGGCGUUCCGCGCGUCGGGCCUGAUCAGCGACGCGCCCUGCGCGGCCUGCGGGGCCAAGGCGACGACGACGCCCCGCGACUUCGAGGACCUCGCGCGCGCGGCGACGGCGUUCACGCUCGCCGACGCCGCGCGGCGCGGCGCGAGCCUGGAGUCCGCCUUCCGCGACGCGCACGCGGCCUGCGCCAAGUCCUGCGACCACUGCAAGGCGCCGGGCUCCGUCGACGUCCUCGUGGCCAUCCACGAUAUUCCGAAAGCGCUCGCGCUGUCCGUCGCUUGGUUCACGUCGACGCCCGAGCCCGCCGACGUCGAGGGCGUGCUCCGCCUCGCGCACAAGCCGCUCGACGGCGCCGGCGUCUUCGACGAGCCCAAACCCGGCGCGAAGCCGGCGCGCCGCCUCGGCCUCUUCGCCGUCGUCGUCUUCCAGGACGCGCACUACACGGCCCUCGUCCGCGACAAGCGCGCGGACGCGUGGACGUGGUACGACCGCCGCGACGUCACGCUCGUCGGCUCCUUCGAGAGCAUGGCUACGGAGUCACUUAUGCCGGCGCUCGAGCGCGACUACCACGGGGGUCUCCUCGAGCGCGUGAAUGCUUUAGCGAGCAUCUCCGAGGUCGUCGACCCGCGCCGCGGCCGGCGCAAAUGCCACGUUGUGCGUAUGUCCGAAUCCAUGGUCGACGUCCUGCCGCCGGGCGAUCCCGAGCCUGCGAGCGAGUACUGCCUCGGGGUGACCUUCCCAGGCGACGGUCUUAAGAUGACCAUGUUCGGCGUGCCCACGACAUACAAGGCAGCACGGCUGGACGCCGAGGAUGACGAAGACGUCGCGCGCACCCUGUCCUUUGCGAUCCUCACCGAGCUCGACUUUAGCGACUACGACGCGGACUCCGAAGCUAGCGCGCGACGCGCUAUCGAAGAUCUGGCGUACCUCUGGGCGGGCGAGGUUCCAAAGGCCGUGCCGCACCUCGAGGCCGCGGCGGCGGCCGGCAACGCGCUCGCGGCCACGGUCGUCGCGCUGCUGGGCGAGCGCCACCCGUCGCAAAAGCUCGCACGCAAGUACGACCUCACGUCGUUCGGCGCGCCGUUCCUCGAGCUGUUGCCCCGGGACCUCCGAGACCUCGAGCAGGUCAUCUCGAAGUAUCCGGUGGCGCAGCGGAAAGCUCGGGGCCCGGAUCGCGCGCCGGAGGCGUCGCGCAAGGAGGACGCGCCGCGCGAGGAGGAGGCGCCGCGGUCCAAGGCGGACGUCGACAAGGAGGUCGAGGAGGCCAUGGACAAGCUCGAGGACGUCUUCGUGGACGCCGUCGCCCCCGCUCCCGCGAGCAAGAAGAACGCGAAGAAGAAGGCGAAGAAGAAGGCCAAGGCCAAGGAGGCGAGGAAGGCCGCGGAGACGAGCGGUCCCGCGCGCGAAAUCGUCCGCGCCGACGCGAACUCGGACUCGGACGAUUCUUUCAAGUCGGCGCUGUGCGACACGCCCACGGCGCAGUCGCCCGUGGCGCGUCCCGCGGAGCCCCCGUUGCUGGCGCCCGCGGACGACGCCGACUCGGAGGACUGGGUCGACGUGUCUGCGGCGCGGCGCGGCAAGGGCCCCGCGAAGCGCGUCGAGGUCCUCCCGCCGCCGCCGCCGCCGCCGCCGCGCGUGCCGUCGCCGCCGCCGCCGCCGUCGCCGCCGUCGCCGGCGGGCGCCGGCGGGCUCCUGCCGGCCCUGAAGCGCUUCGUCGAGACGCACGACGUCGACGGCAGCGCGUGCAUCGAGCUCCUCGGUGAGCCAGAGGCCAUCCAGCGCGCGCUGCUCGAGCGGCUCGAGGCGCUCGAGGUGACGGACGGCGACGUCGGCGACUGGUCGGCGCGCGUCGCCGACGUCCUCGAGGAGACGCGCGAGACCGAGGCGAACGAGCGCGCCUUCGCGGCCUUUGCGGAGGAGUCGCGGGGCGUCGACGACCCCGACGAGCAGCGCGCCGUCGAUCCCGACGAGGAGUGGCGCGCGAGCUUCGAGCGCGAGGAGGCCGAGCGGCGCCUCGCGCGCGCGGAGGCCGAGGCCGCCGAGCGCCUGCGGGCGGAGGAGCGGCGGCUCGAGGGCGAGUCCGAGGCGCUCGCGCGGCAACUCGACGCCGAGGACCGCCGCGAGGCGGCGGCGCGGCAGGCGGCGGCGUCGAACCGCGGGCCCAUGUCCCGGGGCGCGGCGCCCGCGUCGGCGCCGCGGCCCCGCGCCGCUCCGCGCGCGGCGACGUCCGCCUUCGAUCGCGUGCCCAAGGCCGAGCUACAGCGCCGCGUCAAGGCCUUCGUCGACGCCCAGGGCGUCGACGGCCGAUGCCGCAAGGCGCUCGAGGCCUACGCGGUCCGGGACGCCGACGCCUGCGUGCGCUUCCUGCGGGCCGCGCCCGGCGAACUCGGCGAGGUCAAGGACCGGAACGCUUACGUCGAGAAGGCCGUCCGAGAGAAGCAUCUGCUCGCGGCGUCCGCGAGCGAGCUUAACGCUCUCACGCCCGAGCUGCGGAGCGUCGCCGACGCGCUCGCUCUCACGUCCGACGUCGCCAAGGUGCUCAAAAAGCUCAGCCUCGCUCAGCAGCGCCGCGCCGCGGAGCGCCUCGCGGACCCGGGCGUCAUGUUCGGCGUCCUGCUCCGGAACGCGUUCGUCCUCGCCGAGCUGAAAAAGAAGGAGGGGGGGCGCCUGCUGCGGGAUGAUCUCGGGAACGGGCGCGUCAACGUGGACCUCGUCGCGGCCGUCGACGGGAUCCGCCUUUCCAAGGACUGCUACCAUUUGCUCCGAGACCUCAACCGGAAGAAGCAGGCUUUGUGCGCGCUGGCCCUCGCGUCGGCGGACUUCUCGAAGCUCGCGGACCUGAGCGGCUACAUCGAGAAGGGCCUCGAGAAGGGCACGCUCCUGCGCAAGGGCCAGGAGCUCAUGGACGCGCGGCCGCGCGAGGCGCCGCGGUCGCCGCCGCGGCGCGGCGCGCCGGCGCCGGCGCCCGUCGCGGCGCCGCCGGCCUCGGCCUGGGGCGCGCCGCGCGGCGCGCCGGCGCCGCGGUCGCCGCCGCGGCCGCCCGCGCCGCGCGACGACGUCUUCGAUCCGCGUCUCGAUCCGAUCCUGACGCCGUCGCGCGCCGCGGCGCCGGCGCCGGUCCCGGCCUGGGCCGCGGCGCCGGGCGAGCCCCUGGCGGCGCCGCUCCGGGAGGACCCGCCCGGGCCGCCGCCGGCCGACCUGCCGCCGCUCCUCGACGCGGCGGCUCCGUGGGCGCCCGAGGCCCCGCGCCCCGCCCGGGACUGGCGGGCCGACGCGGCCGCGGCGGCGCCGGCCUUCGACGGCGCCUACGACGACGACGACGACUUUGUGGUGCCCGAGGGCCUCGUCGACGUCGAGCGGCGGAGCAACUGCUCCCUCGACGCCAUCGUCGCCGUGCUCCACCGCUGCGCGACCUUCCGCGGCGCCUUCCGCGACCCGCGGGCCCUCGUCGGCGUCGCGAAAGACCGGCGCCAGGACCACUUGCGCGUCGUCGACGCGCUCGACGCGGCGCUGUCCGCCGGCGACGCCGGCGACGUCGACGCGGCCAUCGACGGCCUGCGCGUCGCGCUCGGCGCCGUCGAGGGCGGCCGCGGCGACCUCUCGACCAGCGGCGCGCACCUCGACGUCGCCGAGGUCUUCGAGGCGCUGCUCGAGGCGCUCCUCGCCUGCAAGGGCACGCGCGCGGCCGAGGCCGCGCGGGCGUUCCGCGCGUCGGGCCUGAUCAGCGACGCGCCCUGUGCGGCCUGCCGGGCCAAGGCGACGACGACGCCCCGCGACUUCGAGGACCUCGCGCGCGCGGCGACGGCGUUUACGCUCGCGGACGCCGCGCGGCGCGGCGACAGCCUCGAGGCCGCGUUCCGCGACGCGCACGCGGCCUGCGCCAAGUCCUGCGACCACUGCAAGGCGCCGGGCUCCAUCGACGUCCUCGUGUCCAUCCACGAUACUCCGAAAGCGCUCGCGCUCUCCGUCGCGUGGUUCACGUCGACGCCCGCGCCCGCCGACGUCGAGGGCGUGCUUCGCCUCGCGCACAAGCCGCUCGACGGCGCCGCCGUCUUCCGCCCGCCCAAGCCCGGCGCGAAGCGCCUCGGCCUCUUCGCCGUCGUCGUCUUCCGGGACGCGCACUACACGGCCCUCGUCCGCGACGAGCGCGCGGACUCGUGGACGUGGCACGACCGCCGCGACGCCACGCCCGUCGGCUCCUUCGAGAGCGUCGUGGCCAAGUGCCGCAACGACGGCGGCGCGCCGCUCUGCCCCUACCUCCUCUUCUUCGACGCGUGAUGCCCCUCGGCGACGCGCGAGCGCAACCCUAAAGUGCUUUUCGUU